UUGUGGAUUAUACAGAAAAAGGUUUGGAAAAGGUUGGAUAUUCCAGGACCAAAAGGGUUACCAGUCAUUGGUAAUGCUUUUCAAAUGAUUUCACAAACUCCGUACGUUCAGUUACACAAAUGGAGCAAACAACAUGGAAAUGUUUACAAAAUCCAAAUGUUUAAUGAAGAGAUUGUUGUGUUGAGUGAGAAUGAUGUCAUAAGAGAAGCGCUGUUGGAAAAAUCUGAGGAUUUUGCUGGACGUCCUUUCUCAUGGAGGAUGAACUACGUAACCCCUGGGGGUGACAAAGACAUUGUAUUCCGAGAUUUAUCACAAGAUUUGAAGAGAGUAAAAAAGAUAGCUCAUCGAGGACUCAAACAGUUUGGAGAUGGCAUGGACAGAAUAGCAAUUUUAGCAUCUGAUGAAAUCCAGGACUGUAUUUCAAGAUUUCAAAGUCACGGUAACACUCCAUUUGACCCAAGGGAGUCUGUGGAUCAAUGCAUUACAAAUAUUAUGACAGGUCUACUUGUGGGAGAACAAAUUGAUAAAAGUUCUCAUGAGUUCCAACUGGUGUGUGACCUCGUAAAAAGCAUGGAGAGGUGUGGCUAUGCAGGACCAGGGGCUGAAUUAGACAUGUUUCCAUGGCUAAGAUACUUUGGAAAUGAAUCCUUUGAAAUUCUAAAAGAACACAAGUCAAUACGUGAGAAACUAUUUUCAGCCUGGAUGAAAAGAGCGGAGAAAAAGCUAAGCUUGCACAGUGAUGAGACUAGAAGUGUAUGUGAAGUUUUGCACAAGCAUUACAAACAAGGAGAAAUCAGCCGGGAUGAAAUACACGGAACUCUGUUCAAUCUUCUUGUUGCUGGUAUUGUGACCACAUCAUCAACUUUGAAAUCAUUGCUGAUGAUUCUCAUCAACCAUUCUGAUGUUCAGAAAAAAAUACAAGAUGAAAUUGAUGAUGUCAUUGGUGAUGGUCGCCUACCAACUUUCGCAGAUAGGCAUAACAUGCCUUAUACAGAAGCUGCCAUUUUAGAAAUUCUGCGCUACUCUACAACUUCUACAUUGUCUGUUCCACAUAAAACCCUUUGUGACACCAGUGUGGGGGGCUACAAAGUUCCAAAUGGUACACAGGUUUGGAUGAACAUCUGGGCAUUACAUCAUGAUGAGAAGUACUUUGAUGAGCCAUAUGAGUUCAAAGUGGAAAGAUUCUUAGAUGAUGAUGGUAAUUUGCUUCCGGGAAAUGAAAGAAAAUCAUUUCUUCCAUUUGGAGUUGGUAAGCGAGAAUGUUUAGGAGAAGCAAUGGCCAAGGUGAGAAUGUUCCUGUUUGUCACUAGUCUACUACAAAAACUGGAGAUUUUCCCUGAAGAUAAAAACAACCCGCCAGAUCCUGAUCCAAUCAAAUUCACCUAUGCAAUCACAAAUCAACCUGGCCCAUUCAACAUUAUUGUCAGAGACAGGGAAAGUAGAAAAUAAACGCUAUAGCAUGAGACAGGCUUCGGUUAUUCAUGUAUGCAUCAAUAACAACCCACUAUUACAGACAUUCAGAUAUCUACUGAACAUUUUAGAGGUUAUGUCACUAU